AUGGGUUGUGUUGCAUUAUCUUCUCUCAUGACUACCAUUGAACUUGAAUUUUUGCAUCCCAACCACAGAGUGUCUCUUGUUGAUGAUGAUGAGAAGCCAUUGAAAUCUGUGUUAGAGAAGCUUUCUUCAUUGGAAGCCUUUCUGAAGAAGGAAUACAGCAAGGGUGGUGCUCCAACCCCAGAUCUGCAAAUCAAAAUCAGAGACUUUGCACUCAAAGCUGAAGAUGCCAUCGAAAUACAAUUGACAAACAUCCUUCAACAAAAAGCUGAUGAAGGGGAACUCCAACUCCAUCAAACCUUGCAACAAGUAGCAAAGGAUGCGGAUGAGUUGUUGAACAUUAUCAACAACACUGAAGUUGAAGACAUCAUUGCGGCCUCAGGUGGAUCCAUAUCCUUGCAAUGCUCUCCACAGUUUGAUGAGGACAUAAUAAUGGUUGGUUAUGUAAACUGUUACUUUGAAUUCUUGAGGGGUGAAUUACUCGGCAAUAAACAUUUCUCAGAUUCAACAAGAAUGGUAUUCUCAAUUGCUGGAGUCCCAGGCAUUGGAAAGACUACUUUAUGUAAAAAAGUAUAUACAGACAAUGCCGUUGUAUCACAUUUCGACAUUCAAGCUUGGAUUACUAUUCCGCCAACAUACAAUGGGAAUGUGCAACAACUACUCUGCCACCUUCUUCAAUCAAUGAGUCCAACCCCCCUCAAUCACAUGCUACAGGGAAGCACUGUUUCUCAACUAAAAGACCAACUGCACAAACACUUGAAAUGCAAAAGAUAUUUCAUUGUUUUGGAUGAUGUCCCUAACACUCUGCUUUGGGAUGAUAUCCACCAAUGUUUUCCUGAUGACUCAAAUGGAAGUCGGAUAUUGCUAACCACUCUUUUCACUGAUGUGGCUAAGUAUAUCAGCAAACAUUGUGAUUUCUUCGAGAGCAUCCCUUACCUAACUGACUAUGAGAGUUGGGAUCUAUUUACCCAGAGAUUUUCUCUUAAACAGCAUAUGGCACCUAAAUUUGAAGAAAUUGCAAAGCAUCUUGUUGAGGAAUGCAGAGGAUUGCCGCGCUCAAUUGUUACAGUUGCAGACCGUCUAUCUAAAUGCAACUACACAUUGAAGGAAUGGAAGAAGAUUGAGAAAGAAUUACUGUCAUUGGGAAUUCUACAUAGAGAUACAAAACACUCAAGUAAGCUUACCCACAUUUACAGUCGUUUACCACAACAUUUAAAAGUUUGUUUCUUAUAUUUUGUGGUAUUUCCAAAACAUAGUGAAAUCAAUGCGAAAAGGCUUAUUAAGUUAUGGGUUGCUGAGGGAUUUGUGAAGCCAAUGAGGUGUCUGCCAUUAGAAGAUAUAGGUUACAUGUAUUUAAAGGCUCUUAGAAGUAGAGGACUAGUCAGAACAAAGGAUGAGUACUAUUUCAGACCAAAGACAUGUGAGAUACAUAUUGACAUGCAUAGCUUUUGCGUCCGAGAAGCACAAAAAGAAGGUCUUUUAUGUGCAGCAAAUACUCAGCAAUGUAUUGGAUGGUCAUCAGACAUACUUGCAAAUUCAUGUCGCUGGUUAAGUUUACGCUCACAUAGUUUGGACUAUCAUGUGUUGUUUAGUUCAAAUAUCCCUCGCUCCCUUUUCGUCUUUCAGGGACGUUUUGAAAAGUUUAUACCUUUCAAACAUUUAAGAAUUUUAGAUUUGAGUGAAUCUUUAAUACUCAAAAGAGUGUCAUUAUUGCCCUUAAGGAAUUUAGUUUUUUUAAGAUAUCUUUCCAUACCACAGCGGUUUGAGAGUUUUGAUGAGGUAGUAUCAAGUAAUUCAAAUUUGCAAACACUUAUUGUUUCUGGCAUUGAUGAAUCAACACUUGAAGCACGUACUCUUCAUUUGCCAUCCAAAAUUUGGGAGCUGCAACAUUUAAGGCAUCUCAAACUUGGGGAUAUGUAUAUGAUAAAUCCUCCAAACAUGGUCAAAGAGCAUUUGCAAACAUUAGUUUGUGCAAUGCCAAUUCAUUUCAGGAAAAAAGAAGUGUAUUAUUGCAGGUUUCCAAGCAUAAGAAAACUGCAAGUUGAGUAUAAAGACAUCUUAGUGCCUGGUUGUAGCGGUGGGCAAUGUUGCAGAAAUCCUGUCAUCAUUCUGGAGAAUUUUGAGGAUUUAGUGAGGUUAGAGACUCUAACGGUUAUGGUUCCAGUUGGUAGUAUAACCUUGUUAGAGCGGCUUGGUUUUCCUGCAAAAUUGAAGGAGUUGAGGUUGAGUGGGACUAAUUUUCCAGUGAAAGUUUUAACUGUAAUUGGGCAGUUACCGAAGCUUAAGGUGCUGAAACUGGAGAAUGCUUUCUACGGCAGAGUGUGGGAAGUGGUUGAAGGAGGAUUCCCAAAAUUAACAAAAUUGGAGGUUGAAAGCACAAGUCUUGAGCGAUGGGUGGCCAAUACUACUCAUCCUUUCCCAAACCUGGAGUACAUAUUCUUAAAACGUUGUUAUUCUCUUAUUUCUCUACAAAAUAUCCCUCUUCUAAGUGCAAUAAUGCACCGACGGUUGGGCUCAAUUAAAUUGGAGCAAUGUCCUCAUUCUGUUGCCAUUUCUGCCGAGAGGUAUAAAGAAGAGGUCUGGCCGCGUAACAGUAUUUGGGCACCUGACGUUAUUGUUGACGGCAAGGCUUUGUAA